AUGACGGACAAGCUCCCCCCUCCGCUUCUGGCGCUGUUCCAGCCUCGCCCGCCCCUCCGCUAUGUCACGCCCAUCAAUCGGGCCCCUGAGGACUGCAAGAAGAGUUCCAUCGGUGGGAUCGCGCAAUUCCUGCCCGAGCUGAAGCAAUACGAAGAGGAGGUCCCCUACAAUGCCACAGAGAGCUGGAUUCAGCGCAAGUUGCGACAGAAGGUGGAGAAGAAGGAAAACAUGGAGAAGCAAAUCACAGAAGGGCUCGAAGGAUAUGAUCCGUCGAAUGACCAACAAGCUCGCGGAGACCCGUUCAGGACCCUUUUCGUUGCCAGACUGAGCUACGAUGUCAAGGAGUCGGACUUGGAGCGGGAGUUCGGCCGCUUUGGCCCUAUUGAGAGAAUUCGUAUCGUCAAGGACACCGUAACGCCAAAGGGUUCGAAGAAAGCGCACAGAGGAUAUGCUUUCAUCGUGUAUGAGCGCGAAAAGGACAUGAAAGCGGCCUACAAAGAGACAGAUGGCAUUCGCAUCAAGGAUCGCCGGGUUCUGGUAGAUGUUGAGCGUGGUCGGACUGUCAAGGGUUGGAAGCCCCGUCGUUUUGGCGGUGGUCUUGGAGGACGAGGUUACACCAAGGCUCUGCCUUCCCGGCCCAUUGGACCUGGGUCUUUCAACGCUCCUUCAGGCCCCGGUGGCUUUGGCGGUGGUUUCCGAGGUGGCUUUGGCGGUGGCAGAGGCGGCCGGGGAGGCUUCCGUAACGAUCGUGGUUUCGGUCCUCGCGGCGGUGUCGGGUACCAAGGGGGCCGCAACGGCUUCGGCGGACAGGCUCCUCCCAACGCUCCCUCGGGUCCCGGAGGUGGACGCAGUGGUGGCUUCGGUGGCCCUGGUGGCCCUGGUGGCCCCGGUGGCCCCGGUGGGCCCGGUGGAGGUGGCAGAUUUGGUGGCCGUGAAGACCGGGGAGGCACUGGUAGCAACCGUGAACCCAUCAGACCCCGGGACAGCUUCGGUGAUCGCGACCGCCGAGACCGGGACCGGGACCGUGAGGGUGGUGAUCGCUACAGAGACCGUGAUCGGGACAGUCAUCGCGGUAGCUACCGCGACCGCGACCGCGACCGUGACCGCGAGCGCGAUAGAUAUGGAAGCCGUGGCGACGAUUACGGGCGCAAGAGAUACCACGAGGACGACUCGUACGACGACCCCCGCGCCAAGAGAAGGUACUGA